UCUGUACUUGCUCAGGGGCAUGGGUUGCGCAACUCCGGUCUCAACAUGAGCGGCUCCGUUUGGAACAAUAUCAAGGAGGACCUCCAGGCUUCCUCCAAGCAACGGCUUUCCGGCUUGGAGGGAUUGGAGGCGUUGCUCAAACGGACUUCUCUUGGAAAGACAGAGCUUACAGAGCUGAUCGACCUUUCGCCAAGCUUGCUAUCUGACGCCAAUUCGAAGGUUGCUUUACAAACGCUCGAGGCCUUGGAGACUGCUGUUUCUCGUGCAGACGCUCCUAUUAGUUCCUACGCAAGCUCAUUGGUGCCAUCGGUGGCUGAACGCCUGGGCGACAGCAGGCAGCCUGUACGAGAGCAAGCUCUGCAUCUUCUGACCUCUCUGUUCAAGGCCCUUAAGCCAGAACUUGUGCUUGAGAAGCUAGCGCACCUUUGGCAACACAAAAGCUGGAAGGUUAAGCAGGGCCUCCUUGAGGUCAUUGCAGAGGUUGUGAGCACAGCCGGGGCCUCGUUCUUGGGCGGCAGAGACCAGAACAACGCCGUCUUGAAGCAAAUUGUGCGCAUGAUGGAGGAGCCUGACAUGAUUGUUCGGGAAGCGGCACUCGGCUGUCUUGGUGAAAUUCACCGUCAGGCACCAGCUGCUGUAAUCAGCACCGUCCAGGCGUCCAACUUACGUCCUGCACAGCAGAAAGAGGUGUUCGCGAGGCUUGGGAUAGCUGGCACAGUUUCCGACGCCACCGGAACGGAAGUUGGCAGCAAGCACGUUCAAGGAGCCACAGGCACGUACGUCAGCGAUGCUGGUGCAUCUAGUAGUAGCAGUGGAGGGUGUUAUCUGACGCCCGACUUGACAGCACCAGUUGUCUUGGACGCCAAUCGCGGCCCUGUCGGCGGUGCAGCAUCAUCCUGGGCAGCCGAGACUCGCCGACCGGGUACUGCAGCCGCUGGACCUUCGCAGGCAACAACCACGGCGGCAGCUAAGCGCGGUGGUUUCAAAGACGGGGGCGGCGUUACGCUUGAUGGGGAACUGCCACUUGCUACCCCAAUUCCCAUCAUGUCGGAGCGUGAAUUGCGCAUGGAACUGGAGGCUGCCACUGCGACACUCGCACAGGCUCCGAACGCCGAUUGGCAGGCGCGCAUGUCAGCCAUGCAGCGGGUGGAGGGGCUUGUGCUUGGUGGCGCUGUCGAUUGGGAAUGCUUCCACGAGGCCAUGAAGGGUCUUGCGCAGGCGCUUUCCCAGCAAUUUAAGGAGCGUCGGUCAACCAUCGCUCGGCAGACGUGCCACCUUAUCGGCGUCCUAGCUCAAGCCUUGGGCCCACGCUUCGAGCCUUAUGCGCUGACCCUACUGCCGACGUUGUUUGGCGUGCUCGUGAUUACGGUGGCCGUCAUGGCUGAGUCGGCAGACGUGGGCGUACGCGGUAUUCUGCAGCACUGCCAGACUGGACGACUGCUUCAGGCCAUCUCCGACGGCGUUUGCCGUGAGAAGAACCCAAAGACGAGGCAGUUUUGCGCAUGUUAUCUCACCCAGAUUUUGGGGGAUUGGGACGUUGGCGUGUGGAGCCGGCAAGCCGAGCUGGUGGAGGCGGCCAUACGUGCCGCAGCGCAGGAUUCUCUAGCCGACACGCGGCAGUCAGCCCGGACUGCGAUGGCGCUCUACAGUGGCGCGCAGCCUGACCGUGCGCAGGCUUUCCUCAGGCGCCUUGACAACUCGCUGCAGGAGAAAUUGGCCGUGGGCUUGGCGGGCGCGAAGCCAGUUAAAGCAGCGACUGGAACGUCAUCGCGUCAGUCCCUAACCGCCGCCAUUGCGGCCACAAAGCGACUGGCUCGUCGAGGUACCACGGCGGCUGAUACAGCAGGGUCGGGCAUCCUGGUCAUGGUCCCAGGGGGAGCUAAGGCAGAGCAAGCACCAGAGCCAGCUCAAAAAGUGCCGGAGCAAUCCGCAAACAGUGAUUCGGAUGUCCGGCCGCGCCCGGCAAUGCGUGUGAGUAACACCCUUGUCGGGCCCAAUCCGUCUACGGGAGUACCGAGUACAUCUUGCGACGCCAUGUCCGCGGCGACAGAGUCGGCGACUCGCUCCUUAUCUGGAACUUUAGGCCGCAAUAGCCGGAAGUCUUUAGGGCUUCCACCAGGGCGAAUCCCCGGAGGCUCAGCGGAUCUUACGGCCCUUCUGGGGGAGAGCUCUAGCACGGAUCUUACCGCGCAAGCACGUAUUGCCGCGCUGCGCCGGCCACGGAUGUCAGCGGUGCCGUAUGAUCUGGCACAACGCAUCCAGCUUCCCACAGGACCCCCAGUUACGCCCGCUCUGCGCCCUGGCGCGGAAAUGCCGGGCGCAGUCCAUUACUCGGUUGCGCAGACGCCUGAGCAGGCACCGAGCCGGGGCCCCGUCGUGCCAGGUCAGCUGACUGAAGACGAGCAGUUGGAGGGCCCACGUAGCUGUUAGCAUGGUCGUCUUUGGGAACAAUAUUGUGGCUGUUUUCUCUGCCGACUGAGUAUGGCAGGCUAUGUACGCAUGGGACAGGCAGGAUUUCCCAACUUUUAACUCUUGCAUGGCUAUUCGCGACAUGCAGGAUUUUCGUGAGUGGCGAUGAUAAACGAGUGGCUUUUUGGUUAGUCCUAAGUAUACGAGUGUCAAGUGUGCCCGUGGUGGUUUGACCCAGUUGGCCGGUGUGGUUCACAACGUGCAUGACUCUCAUGCCUCAACUGAGGAUUGGGCAUGGUGUGUAACUGCCUGAAGUCC